AUGAUUGAUAUCGGGUUUCAACGACGGAUAAAGAAGUUGGUUAAUCGGAUUAUUGAGUCGCAGUGGACGAGAUAUUUUAUCAUCACAUCAUUUCUACAAGCCGUUGUGAUCAUAACUUUAGAGAUAAGAGUUUUGUUACGUAACGAUGAUUCAAGUAGGGAUGCCCAAUCCUAUAUGGAAUCCACUAAUUUUACAUACGAAAACAAUGAGUGUACUAUAAAACCUUCUCUUUUCCGGAUGAAUAACAUCGAAGAAGAGAAUGUUAUAUUUAUAAUUUUUCAACUUUUUCAGAUGUGGCUUUGCUUUAAUGCGGUGUAUAAUCAAAACACGAUCCAAAUUAUCACUAUCUCGAUAAUCAACUAUCUUUGCGCUUUGUUUGGCAUUGUUCAAGUAUUUGAAGUUAAAAAAUGGUAUGCAGAUUUAGAAUCCGCGUGUCCCAAAAAGUUUGAUUACUUAGACCCGCAAUUCUAUAAUUAUGAUAUGCCUCUUGUGUUCGUAUUACUUGUCUUUGCGACGAUUAUGGCUUUCCUUAGUUGGAAGCUUUUUCGUCAAUUUGGAUGGAACAUUUAUCGAAAAAUUGGAGCUGAUAUCAAAAUCCAAUCUAUCAUUUAUAUGGACGAUAUUCGUACUAAAAAAUUUUGGCCAAGGAUUACAAACGCAUGUCGAAGAAGCAAAAAGGAACUCCCGUACUUUACCAAUAACUUCUUUAGUGCUCAAGCGAUGGCCAAUUGA